GUGCUCAAGGCCGACAAGAAGGCCAUUUUCACCGCCGCCAGCCAAGCGGCCAAGGCCACCGACUUCCUCGGUGGCCUGCAACCCGCCGACAUCACCGAGGAGAUUUUCGGCGUGCUUGCCAAUCUAAAACUCAAGAACAACGUAACCGAGAUUCGACGUUUUGAGGCUCGAAUCUACAACGCCAAAGUCCGCUCUCUCGUUGAUGCGGGGGAUAUCAACGACACCGGCUUCGACGACGGGUGGGCGGACAGUCGCCUUAUUGAGGUUCGUGCGCGGUCGCUGGACGACGCAUUGCGCUUGUUCCAGCGGGAUUAUCCAAGCCGCUGCGGUUUCAAGAUCACCGCGAUUGUU